AGUCUUGAAAUAUUAAAGUUUAAUGAUUCAGUUGAAAGUCUUUUUCAAUAUACUGAUGAAGACUAUCAGACAUUUCAUUUAUUAUCAUUAAAUAUAGAAGAAGGCGUAGCUUUUAGUAUUGAACCAUUUUCUGAUUCUUUUUUAGGUCUAUCGAAAAAAAAUGUAUCAUUACAGCAAGAUGUUCAGCUUUUAUUGUCAAUCAAUUUAGCUGAUUAA